UUUAUAAUCGCUCAUGAAAGCAGCCUUCUUUUAACACUUGUUCAGCAGACUGGAAACUGAAGAAAAGGAGCAAAACAAAUUCUUAGGCUCAUAGAUGGACAACUAAUUUAAUGACGGUUCCCGAGUGUCUGGCCACGGUCUUCACCCUCUGCCCUCUUCCCUGCCUCCUUCUUUCCCCCACCGCACCCACUCUGCCUCACUCUUUCCCUCUUAGUCUCAAGUAAGCUGAAAUCCAUUCCUUUAUUGAGGAAAGAAGGUGUAUUUAGUCAUAUCAUGGGAGUAUUAAAGUAUGGAAAAGUCCUAAAGGUAUUUAUUCUAUUUUGCUUAAUUUAUUAACAUUCUUUCCUUUGUAUCAUGCCUCCUCCUUUCUCUUAUCUCUGUUUACCUAUAUUACCUCUCUUUUUCUUGUUGUUCUUGCAUCCUUGUCUUUUUUUAUGCAAACGCUUAUAUGGCAUUUACCAUGUCAUCUUGGCAAAUGCCUUACUCCUCAUAGUGACCCAGUGGGGUAGGUUCCUCUAUCAGCUCCUUUUUCAGGUGAGGCAGAGGCACAGGCUGGUAAAGUCCCCAGUGCCUUAGAGCUGAUAAGCCUCAGAGCCAGGACACAAACCUAAGACAGUUGUGCUCCAACAUCGUGUCCCCUAUCUGUUAAGAAACAAAGCCGUCUGCUGAUGGCAGAACGGAACAUGCACAGAUCGUGUGGUGGGUAUCAUGGCAGAAAUGAGCCGUCAGAGCAGGGCCGACCCCCAAAACUGGGCCUAAAGUCUGGGUUAGGGAUUCAUCGGUCAGUGGACCAACUGAGGGCCCCAAGAGUCCGGGGAUAGACCCAGGCAGAUCAAGGGCCCCAGCUCUCAGGGGGCCUAAGGGUCUGCAGUACUUCAUCUCUGGGCAAGGCACCUCACCAAUAGGAAUGAGGACGCAUGUCCUGGAGGCUGGUCAUGACCUCUGACGCUUUGUCCUCCACCUCCUGCUAUCUCCUCAUAUUUUUUAAGCUGUUUCCUUGGGAUUCCUUCAGGAAAUUCCUUUGGACCAGCUUUAGUGCUUCCCAGUGAAGGUCCAUCAGGGAGAGACCUCAUGUGAGUCUUCCCUUCAGGCCAGCAGAGGCCAUUUGUGAGGGUCAGUGAGACGGGGCUGACCCACAGGCAUCUGGCUGUGGUCUGGCCCAUGAAAUAUUAGCCCUGUCAGAAAAUACAUUUUGUGACCAAUCGCUUUAUUUAAUACUGGACUUCACUGUUUUCCCUCCAUGGACUUGACUCUUCAUAUGAGGAGAAGAUGCCAAAAUCAAGGACAAAAUGUAUCAAAAGAAAAUGCAUUACUGCUUAACAGUGUCAUGAUUUACUGAGGUGUUCAAAAUGUCCCAGAGAGUCAUCUUAGGAAAAAGAUUGUAUUUCCUGGAUUCAUAGGAAGAAGAUGAUGGGGUGUAAGCUCAUUCCUUGCAAACCACAGGUGCGAACCUUGGAAGUGGUACGUCAGAUUUAAGACUUGGAGUCUAGUCAGAGGGGGUGGGGAAGGGUGUGCAGACAAAAGAGCCUACGUGUGUAUAUGGCAGGUUUCCUAAGUAGGUCGGAGGUGAGAGAAACGCUCUGAUUCUGUGGUGGUUCACGAGAGGGACAAAAGUGGGUAGAGAAAGUGGUGGGUGCUACGCCAGUCAAUUCACGUGACAUUGAAAAUCAACUCCUCUGAUCAUCAUUCUCAGGUUACAGUUUAUUGGGUAUUUAUUAUAUACUAGGCAUCCCACUUAGAGCUCUACAUACAUUUUCUCACUUGAUAUUGUCAAUAACCUUUUGAAUGAUCCCUUUUGACUAAAUACCAUUGUUCAGAAAGGUCAAGUAACUUGCCCAAAGUCAUACAGCAGCAGUCUGAUCUCCCCACUUUCCCUGCUUCCAUUCUUGUAUACCAGCCUUCUAUGUUGCUCUCACUGAAGCCACACUGGUCUCUUACAAACACAAAGAAGAUUAUGCUGUUUCCUAGUUAAAACCCUCCAGUGGCUUCUGAUUGACCUUUUCCUGUGGUUUAUAAAACUCUGCAUGAGCCAGCCCUGAUGAUCUCUGUGACUUCCUCUUGCACUAGUGUCUCGUGAGCCCACGCAGCUCUGACCUCUUGGGACUUCUUUCAGUUCCUAGAAUUCUCCAAGCUGGUUCCCUCCGAUCUUCUCAUGACUGGUUGCUCUGUUAUUCAGAGCUCAGAAUUACUCCCUUCUCAGGGAGGUUUUCCCUGACACUUGAAUUAAUUAAGGACACUUCUCAGCACUGGAUGGGUCCUUCCUGUUUAUUUUUUAUUUAUUUUCCGAUUUGUGUUUUAUUGACCCUGCGAUUCUCAGGCCUUGAGAACGCAUUUUCUCAGCUGCUACAGCUGCUCCUUCCACUGCUGCUUCUCGGUCUGUAGUUUCUCUUCAUGUUUAUUGAGCCGGUGGUGCAUGCAUGCGUUCAUGAGCUGCAGAUCUGGGGACGUGUAUUUCUUGCCCAGGUAGAAUUUCCUGAGGUUCUGCUUCUGAGUCUGGGUAGUGAUGGUGAGAACAUGGGCGACAUAUUUGCAGAUGACUCUGGAUCUUGGAGAGCAUGGAAGCUCGCCGCCUGUCACUUUGGUGACAAUCACCUGGGACAGCUGCACCUUAGGUCUUCCAGCUGUUUAAGCAGAGGCUCUUUCUUGCCCUAUUUCUUUGUUUAUUGAUUAAUGGUCAGCUGUCUGUACGAAAACAUAAUCUCUACGGGGACCAGGAUCUAACUGCUGGUUUGCUCUUAGAGGGACAGGAUUCCAGUGCAGGACUGUGUGAUGUCAGACCCUACUGGUAGUCUCCACCCUGCCUGUGAUCUGUGCUCCAUAGAUUUCUGUCACAUUAUUAUGGCUACUGAACAUUUUUAUGAAAUAGAAGUUUUUUCCUUCUCAGAAAUAAAAAACCGUAAUCAAACUUCAGUGUAUUUAAGAAUAGGAAGAGAAGUGUGAGGAGGUUUUUUCUUUUCUGGAAACAUGCAUUUUUAUUUUUCCUUUCCUCAAAAUUAUUUGGUGCAUGAUGGUUUCUGAGGGAAAUUCAAUGCUGUUUACUCUUCCGGAAUUAGAAGUUCGUUCUCCUUGUAGCAGUUACUGAGUCUUUAAUAUUUAAAGUCCUUGGAGUAAAGGGAGAUGUGAAGAUGCAGAGAAUGCCUUAGACCUUUUCCUGCCUGCCUCAUGUGGCAGGAGAAACAUGACUGAAGUGAUCAUACUGUUCUGCUUACCAUGUAAGAUCGCUACUGAAGCAAUAGAAAACUUCCGAACCGUUGUUUCUUUGACUCAGGAACAGAAGUUUGAACAUAUGUAUGCGCAGAAUUUACAGGUACCAUACAGAAACUCUUUGAGGAAAGCACACAUCUUUGGAAUCACAUUUUCCAUCACCCAGGCAAUGAUGUAUUUUUCCUAUGCUGCCUGUUUCCGGUUUGGUGCCUACUUGGUGGCCAAUAACUUCAUGACCUUUGAGAAUAUUCUGCUGGUGUUCUCAGCUAUUGUGUUUGGGGCCAUGGCAGUGGGGCAGACCAGCUCAUUUGCUCCCGACUAUGCCAAAGCCAAGGUGUCAGCGGCCCACAUCAUCAUGAUCAUUGAAAAAACCCCUCUAAUCGACAGCUAUAGCACGGAAGGCCUACAGCCAAAUACGUUGGAAGGAAAUGUGACAUUUAAUGAAGUCAUGUUCAACUAUCCCAGUCGACCAGACAUCCCAGUGCUCCAGGGGCUGAGCCUAGAGGUGAAGAAGGGCCAGACAUUGGCCCUGGUGGGCAGCAGCGGCUGUGGGAAGAGCACGGUGGUCCAGCUCCUCGAGCGGUUCUACGACCCCUUGGCCGGAGCAGUGCUGAUUGAUGGCAAACAAAUUAAGCACCUGAAUGUUCAGUGGCUCCGAGCGCACCUAGGCAUUGUGUCCCAGGAACCCAUUCUGUUUGACUGCAGCAUCGCUGAGAACAUUGCCUAUGGGGACAACAGCCGGGUCGUGUCACAGGAAGAGAUCGUGCAUGCGGCCAAGGAGGCCAACAUACACCCCUUCAUCGAGACACUGCCUGACAAAUAUAACACCAGAGUAGGAGACAAAGGAACUCAGCUCUCUGGUGGCCAGAAGCAGCGCAUUGCAAUAGCUCGUGCCCUUGUUAGACAGCCUCAUAUUUUGCUCUUGGAUGAAGCUACAUCAGCUCUGGAUACAGAAAGUGAAAAGGUUGUCCAAGAAGCCCUGGACAAAGCCAGAGAAGGCCGCACCUGCAUAGUGAUUGCUCACCGCCUGUCCACCAUCCAGAAUGCAGACUUAAUAGUGGUGUUUCAGAAUGGCAAAGUCAAGGAGCAUGGCACACAUCAACAGCUGCUGGCACAGAAAGGCAUCUAUUUUUCCAUGGUCAGUGUCCAGGCUGGAGCAAAGCGCUAGUGAACUAGUGAACUGUGACCACAUGAGCUGUUAAAUAUUUUCUAAUAUUUGUAUUAAAAUAUGACAUUUAAUCAAAGUUAAAAAGCAAGCACCUCCUGGAAAAACUAUGUAGAGUUACCUGUUUAACACUUCCUGCCAGAAUUUAAGAACACUACCAAGUUCAGUCUUCAGAGACUAUAAGGAACUGAAAGAAACAUCAUCAAAUGAAACAAAGUAAUAGUUUUGAUUGCAUUAUAAAACUUAUACAGUAAUUCAGAGUGGAUUUUGUUAAGGUGUAUAAUUUUUGUUUAUAUUUUCUUAUUUGAACUGUAACUGCCUUGCUAAAAGACUAUAGAAGUAGUAAGGAAUACUGAAUGUUUGCAUAAAGUGCCUAUAAUAAAACUAAACUUUUGUAUGA